UCCCAACCAUUCUGCAAAUUUAAUUUGUGUAUCUUUAUAGAUUAUAAGUUCCCUAAGUUAGCUAUCUGAAUGCUGGAUAAUAAUUCUUCAUCGUCAUCGCGACCUACGAUAGCUUUUCCUCUAGGUCUAGCUCUUCUUGUUCUUGUUCUUGUUUGUAUAACUGGACUAUUUUCUUGUUGCUAUCAUUGGGAUAAGCUUAGAUCCCUUUUUUGUUAUGAAGAUGAUCAAUCCUCAUCAGAUGAUGAUUCAAUUGUUUCUGCUAAUCCUAAGUCUAUUCAGGUGAAGGAGCAUAAAAGUUGUAGUGAGAGCUUGACAAUAUUGAUGCCGGGCGAUGAUGUUCCAAAGUUUUUGGCUUUGCCUACUCCCCGUUGUUCCACUCUCCGAAUCGAAACGCUUGUAUAGACUAUAGUACCUUCUUCGUUUUAAUUUAUGUAGUAGCAAUUGGAAUUU